AUGGCAGCUGUCAAGACCUCACCUCCUCACUCUUCAGCUUCCUCUGCCUCGUCGCCAGAAGCGACCACGGCAGAGCAGGCUCAGUUCCCGACUCAGAAAAGGAAGGGUGGGAGGAAACCGGUAUACGCAACGCAGGAAGAGAGGAAGAUGCGAAACAGAGCUGCUCAAGCAGCCUUCCGCGAAAGACGAACCGAAUAUAUCAAACACUUGGAAGCAACCAUCAAACAUCAUGAAGAAACAUUAUCAAGUCUUCAGCAGUCAUCCCGCAAUGCUGCUGAUGAGGUACUGAUGCUUCGUUAUAAGAAUUCUCUGCUCGAGAGAAUUCUCCUUGAGAAGGGCAUUGAUGUCACCGCGGAGUUACGGGCAUUCGCCCAAUAUGACGACACAGGUAGACCUCAAGCUGCGCCGCAGCAAACAAUGCCUCAGUCCCUCUCUAGACAACAACCAAUCCAACAACACCCUGCCCUUCGACCCAUACAUGGAGGACCGAUCAUCCAAAAGCGUCCGUCUAUCAACCCUCCGCCUGAGGCCCUUUACAUUAAAACCAGCCCACUUCUCAGGCCAAACCACUCGCGAACAACCUCACCGUCCAUCGCUAUUCCAACACCUCCAGACCAAUCAUUCCAGAUUCCCCACAGCACAGUAACUACUCCUACUGCACCACAGGACUUUCCUCAUCCAGGAAUUCCAAUGGGUCAAAAUUUUUACCCUUCACCAUUCCAAUCACAUAUGGAAGAGCUCGACCAGGAAUACGACGCCGAGCUUCUCGAAAGCAAUAACGACGAUACCCAGUCACUCGAUAACGAGGGUCAGCGGACUCCAAACACUCCAGUGAACGAUAUGGGUAAUUGCAUGGGCAUGCCGCAGCAGCAGCCGCAGCAACACCAGCAAGGAAUCUUUAGUAAUCAGUACAAUCUCGGAUACGGUUACAGAUAA